CGUCAUCGCAGAUAUGAGCUCCCUCUUCUGCUCUCUGCCAAACUGGGCCUCCAGACUGGUUUGACUUUGCUCCAAGUAUUUUCAGCAGUCGACUUGUCCCGCCUGGCGCAUCGAAUUGUCAACUUGACCUCAAACGACUACGAGUUAAUUGUUCCCGAUCACCUUCAAUUUCUGCCUCUGGUUGAUCUUCACCCACGAAUAUACAGUAACCACGGUUGCCUAUCGCACAUAUCUUCUGGGUCCCUAGAUCGUCUUCUUGCUGACUUUACUGGCAGGGAUUUGAAGGAAGAGCUGGGACGGUUGGCCUGCUCGCCUGCCUACAGCAGUCCUAAACCGGGCAAUCCCCUUGUUGUUCGCAGACUAUCCAAGCCAAAUUUAGUCUACACCAUCGGACUUCAACGGUUGGCGCGCUUUCGCAGUCUUCGGAUUAGCCCUGAAGGACUUGAUGCGUCUGAUGAUAGCACAAAUUCCGUUUUCCUGCGUGUGUUUCUAUGUCGUGGUUCAUCCGGUUUACCAUUUUCUACUAUCUGCUUACUGCCGGCUCUGGGAGAGGGGCAUGUUUGCGCAGUUUGUCCUCAGAUCUUAGGCUAUCCACAGCCUUAUGUCCACCAACUGUCUUUUCAUCUAGACCGAUUGUCGAUAUGCAUGUUGACGGCCUCGGUUCAUACGCCGUCUCUCAAUCGAGUCAGGUCGGUAUGCGCCCAAUCUUCCGAUUCGGAUCACUUCUCAUCACCCCUCUCUGACCAAAUCCAGCUGGCCAGGCCCCCAUUUCGCCCGCCCAAGCAUUAG